AUGGCUAAUUCAAAUCAAUCGGAUAUUCUUCAAACUACUCAAAGUCAACUGGAUAUUGGAAAGAUUUUAACAUUCCCCAUAGAUCAUUGGCGCAUUUUGUUAAUACUCUUUGGAGUUUCUUUGAUAAAUAACCAAAUCGUAGCAGUGUUGAAGAUUUGUUUCAAGUUUACUCUUAAAAAAUGGUGCUUAUCUAAACGGAAAACACUUCGUCAGGCUGGUGAAUGGGCAGUUGUCACUGGUGCAUCGUCAGGUAUUGGUCAAGCGUAUGCAGAAGAACUGGCCACAGAAGGUCUCAAUAUCAUGCUUAUCAGUAAUGAUGAAGAACAACUAUCAGUCGUUGCUAAUCAAAUCGCAAAUACCUACAAUGUUCAAACACGAAUUGUGGUUGCAGAUUUUACUAAAGUAAUAUCCAUUCUCAAUGAAUCUGUUAAUCAUAUUAUUUUGAAAUCAUUGUCAUUGACUUAAGUAAUCAGUUCGAUUUGUCACUCAGUAGUGUUUGAAUAGUUUGACAGGAGUUGUGCAUCACUAAUCGCCUUGUUCAUAAAUUGAUAGAUUGUCAGUCGAGUUAUUACUGACACUUGAGUCAUGUGGUCAUGUCAAAAUGAUCAUCAAUGAUAACAUGCAUUUGAAUGUAGAAAUGUGAUUGAAAACAUUCUUUUCACGAAAAGCAUUUCUGUGAUUCACGUGCAUGAAAUAUAUCAGCUUCAUAUCAAAAACAUUUCAUCAAUAUUCCACAACUGUUUAGUAAAUCUCAAAAACACCAUUAGAUCGAGGCGAGUAAAUGUAUGUAUGUAUGCAUCUGUGUGUGUGUGUGCGGUUCUACAUUGCCAUACAAUCUUUCUAGUACUGUGCUCAUAUUGGACUUACAAAUGAUUGUGAGGUUCUUUAUUUGCAGUGUCAAUGUUGUUCUGUUUUCUCCAGUCGAUGAUGUGGAACGGUGAUUAGUCACCGAGUGUCUGUUUUGCGUCGAGGAUUGUGAAGAAACGAGAAAUUUCUAUAUUGUAGACAACUGCUUACACAGAAAUGGUGAAUUUCAGUACAUAGUUUAUGAUAUACAUUUGCAAACACGUAGAUAGACAAUGAACAUUUCACUGUUACCAACAAUUUUAUCAAAGGCAUUCACACACGAUGCACCCAAACUGAAAAACACUGAUUGGAUUUUAGUCACGAAUAUUAGAAACCGAAAUACACAGAAACUUAUCAUCAAAAUAUGCUAUACUAUUUGGACGAAUAGCAAGAUAUUCAGUCUCGCCCACUCAAUGUACAUCGCGUCAGCUAUUGAGAAACAAAGUAGAGAACUUGUCUGUGG